ACUGCAGCCGAACCCUGGUCCCUCCUCCACAAUGUGGCUUCUCCUCACUCUCUCCUUCCUGCUGGCAUCCACAGCCCAGGAUGGUGACAAGUUGCUGGAAGGUGACGAGUGUGCACCCCACUCCCAGCCAUGGCAAGUGGCCCUCUACGAGCGUGCACGCUUUAACUGUGGCGCUUCCCUCAUCUCCCCACACUGGGUGCUGUCUGCGGCCCACUGCCAAAGCCGCUUCAUGAGAGUGCGCCUGGGAGAGCACAACCUGCGCAAGCGCGAUGGCCCAGAGCAACUACGGACCGCGUCUCGGGUCAUUCCACACCCGCGCUACGAAGCGCGCAGCCACCGCAACGACAUCAUGUUGCUGCGUCUAGUCCAGCCCGCACGCCUGACCCCCCAGGUGCGCCCCGCGGUGCUACCCACGCGUUGCCCCCACCCGGGGGAGGCCUGUGUGGUGUCUGGCUGGGGCCUGGUGUCCCACAACGAGCCUGGGACCGCUGGGAGCCCCCGGUCACAAGGGUGACUCUGGGGGACCCCUGGUCUGUGGGGGCAUCCUGCAGGGCAUUGUGUCCUGGGGUGACGUCCCUUGUGACAACACCACCAAGCCUGGUGUCUAUACCAAAGUCUGCCACUACUUGGAGUGGAUCAGGGAAACCAUGAAGAGGAACUGACUAUUCUAGCCUAUCUCCUGUGCCCCUGACUGAGCAGAAGCCCCCACAGCUGGCCAGCAGCCCCGCCUGACAUGGAACAGAACGGAGCCAUCCCCCAAGACCCUGUCCAAGGCCCAGAUGUUAGCCAAGGACUUGUUCCACCUGAGGACAAAGCUGGCGCUCAAGGUCACCUGUUUAAUGCCAAGAUAACAAAGCGCUGAUCCAAGUUUCUCUGUAGGAAUUUCUGUGACUUUUUUCUGGGGUCAAAGAGAAACCCAGAGACACUGUACACUGUUCCUUUUCACCCACCACCCCGAUCCCUAGGUGAGGAGAAGCGGCUUGAAGCAGGGCUCCAUUCAUUCAACACACAUGACCACCCGUGUGAUCUUGAACAAGAGGCCCAAUCUCACUUCGCCUUGGUUUCCUUAUCUGUAAAAUGAGACCAUCUUAUUGCUGAUUUCAAAGGGCUGUUGUGAGGAUUAAAUGAGAUGAUUCGUCUGAACUGAUUAAAAUCGUGUCUGGCACUGAGUAAAUACCCUCUAUCUCUGGAUCCCAGUUAAAGGACCUAACAGACACUAGAUUACCAAGAAUGGCUUUUUCUUUAAGAUUUAGUUCUGGGCCGGGCAUGGUGGCUCACACCUGUAAUCCCAGCACUUUGGGAGGCCAAGGCGGGCAGCUCACUUGAGGUCAGGAGUUCAAGACCAGCCUGGCCAACAUGGUGAAACCCCAUGUCUACUAAAAAUACUAAAAAAAUUUAGCCGGGCGUGGUGGCACACGACUGUAAUCCUAGCUACUUGGGAGGGUGAUGUGGGAGGAUCGCUUGAACUUAGGAGGCAGCAGUUGCAGUGAGCCGAGAUCGCGCCACUGCACUCCAGCCUGGUGACAGAGCAAGACUCCAUCUCAGAAAAAAAAAAAAAAAAAGAUUUAGUUCUGGGCUUCCUGGUAGCCAUGGCAAAAAGGCAAAUACUGUCCUUUUCUUAGCCAGGUCCCUGAUACACAGCAGAGGCUGGAACUCUGAGCUGCUUUGAUUUUACCAAAAAGCCAAGACAACCUGGUGGAAGCCUAUGGGUUUACCAUUGAGGCUGCAGGAAUCUAGUUCCUAAUUAUCUUCAGAGACCACAAAAUGUGAUGUUCAAGGUCGCUGAAUGUUGAAGUACAUGAACCUGGCUCGUGAGACCUAAAUAUUGUACUGGUGGUGGGGAGGAAGGGUCAUUGGAAUCUGUGGUUAGCCUGAUCUUGACCUGAGAGGGAAGGUUGUCCAGAUCUCUGGGACUUUGGAGGACAGGACGUUGAGCACCCAUAACUGGGAGCAAGAAGUGGGAGGCUCAUUGAGACCCCAGCAUUGUUUGGGAGGGACAUUGGAUUUUGUAAUGCUAAAGAACUUACCCUGGGAGACCCCUGAAACUUCACAUUCCUGGAUCUGGAGGCACUAGGAAUGUGGUGAUGUGUACCCCAAAGUUUUAUUAUGAAAGGAACAGUAGCUUUGGGGACCUAGGUCCUGGGUCUGGGAGUGCAAGAACCAGGGCAUUCUGAAGGCCAAGGCUUAUAUUUCAGGGGGAACUGGCAGCUGAGAUGCUAGUAUCUUGGCUCCGAGUGGUGCAGGGAAUCAGAGCCCUAACUGCUGGUAUUUGAGGGCACCAGGUCUGGGGGUGCAGGGCCUUAAUUGAGACUGAGGUGUAUGGGGCUUUGUACCAGGGGUCACUGAUUCCUCCGUCCUCCUGUUUCUGCUUCCCCUCAGUCCCCCCUUGCCUCACUGGCUGUUCCCCAGAGCAAAGCCCCAGAGCCACAGGCCCUGCCCCACCUGGCUUCAACCCCAGGAAUGCGUCCAGCGUGAACCAGGGCCUGCAGAACAGGUGCUGGCUCUCCCUCCCCGUCUACAGCUCUGCGGAUCGGAGGGGGGGCAAUUGUCCAGCCCCCAGGCAACAGGGGAAGGGCCUUGGCCAACAUCUGGGUGCCAGCAGGGCAGGGGUGGGGCUCUGAGGGGAUAAGGGCUUUUAAAAGGCUCCCCAGGGAGGUUCCCCAG